AUGUCUCAUAUCGUAGUUAUAGGUGCGGGCGUGAUAGGCCUUCAGACAGCAGUAUCACUGUUGGAAGCCGGCUAUAAGGUCACUAUCAUUGCAAAGCACUUCCCAGGAGAAGGGACAAUUGAAUAUACCUCGCCAUGGGCAGGAGCCCAAUGGAGAACUCAUGCAACCGCGGACCAAAAGGAUGAAUGUGAAUGGGACAUUUCGAGCUACAAGCAGUGGGCAGAGGUGGCUCAAAGCGAUCCAGAGAAGGCUAAAGAGAUGGGCAUCGAGACUUACCCCUCCUAUUUCUACUGGGCAACUGAAACCCCCGAAUCCACCUCCCCCUCCAAAAUUUGGUUCGGUCCCCACAUUCUCAACUUCUCCGUCCUCCCAGCUACCUCUCUCCCCCCAAACACCCACGCCGGGAUCCGCUACACCUCCAUCGCCAUCAAUCCCCCAAAGUAUAUCUCCUACCUCCUAAACCACGCCACCUCCCUCGGCGCAACCCUCAUCCACAGCACUCUCCCAACCCCCACCCUCGCCGCGGCUCUCACCGCCGCAGAAACCCUCCUAUCCCAACAAUUUCCCCAAGCACCUCCCAUAUCCGCCUUCAUCAACUGCACGGGCCUCGGCGCCCGCGUCCUUGUCCCCGACGCCCUCGUCCAUCCCAUCCGCGGCCAAACCCUCCUCGCCAAGAUCUCCGGCGUCGACUCACCAGCCCAGAAAUCCGAGAACCCCGUUUUCAGUCCCAGCCUCUCUGUGCCAGCGAUCCACACCCGCGAAGACGUAGCCACGCCCAGCGUGACCUACAUCAUCCCGCGCCCGGGCACGGACACGUGGGUCCUCGGUGGGACGAAAGAGGUAGGCAACUGGAGCGCAGAGGCGGAUGCGGGGACGACAGAGGGAAUACUAAAGCGGUGUUGCGAGCUGUGGCCUGCGUUGCAGGUGCCGGGUGUUGAGAUCGAGGUGUUGGCAACGCAGGUGGGGUUGCGGCCGGGAAGGACUGGGGGCGCGAGGGUGGAAGUUGAGGAGGUGGAGGGGAGAGUAGUUGUGCAUGAGUACGGGCAUGCGGGGGCGGGGUUUCAGAACUCGGUGGGGAGUGCGGCGAAAGUUUUGGGGUUGUUGGAGGGGAGGGGGAUUUGAGUGUGUUAUUCUAGGGGUCUCGAGGCAUCGUUGCGUUUGGGUGUUAGAUAGCGACUACGAAGUCUACGAUAGUGAAGCUUGUGAAAGCUUGUUGAAGCAUCUUUGAUAGCGAAAAGAAAAUGUACAGGACCUAGGGUUGAGUAUUGCGUGGGCGGAUCCUGAGUAGCGGUGUAUAGAGUUGAGGGCGGUGAAGCGUCUCUCAUCGCACACAAAUCGGUGGCGGGUAUUUGCAGACCGGUGAAGGAAACAAUUUUAUGAAGUGUGGGUUUUUAUGGGAAAGACGAACAAUUGUAAGAACCGUUUUCAGAGUCUACCUAGGUAAGAUAGGUUGCUCAACAGAGGAGGAAUAAAGAUACUCGCCAGCAAAUCAGAGCAUAGAAUGGGUACUACUCCUGAAUUUCGUGGCCAACUUGUUGAAGAAGUGGCGAAUAGCAUGAGAUUCGUGGAACCA